UCUCCACGCCCGCAAGGCAUUCCCGAGUCUUGGCUUCCCGGAAGUGUCAGCUUUUUCCUAGAGAGUCCAGACACUCACUUCCUGUCCUCCUGCUCAGAACUCCAGCCGUGCAUGUUAAGAGAGAAGAAAUCUGUCGGAUGGCAGGAGGGUCGUUCCCAAGCACGCAACGGGAAUGAAUGCGGCUCCCUCCGGAUGGAAAGCGAAAGUUGCCUCCAUGCCACUGCAGAAAAAGCAAGAGAGCGGUUGGACGAGGAAGCCCGGGAAAAGGGGGAAACCAGUACGAUAUAGCUGGGUUUCGUGGUUGCCAGGCGAAUCCCCAAGCUCUGAGACCCCAACAGUUGAUUUUUCCUCCCAUUUGAUCCAUUAUUGCUCGUAAAAGCUUGGAGUGAAUAUUCCAUGUUUUCUUCACACAGGGCACACGAAGCACGGGGCACACAAAACGAUCUAAGUCGAGGACUAUCUCCUUUGCUGAGUGAGAAGAUGCAAACAACUCCCCCAAAUACAGGUGGACCUUCAACUUCAGUGUUCACUUAGUGAUCAUUCAAAGUUAGAACGCCACUGAAAAAAGCGACUGACCGUUUUUCAGUUACCACCUUUGCAGCAUCUCCAUAAUUAAAGUGAUCAAAAUUCAGACGCUUGGCAAUUGGUUCACAUUUAUGAGCAUUGCUGUGUCCCAAGGUCAGGUGAUACACUUUUGUGAUCUUCUGACAAGCAAAGUCAAUGGGGAAGCCAGAUUCACUUAACAACCAGAUUACUAACUGCAGUGAUUCACUUAACAACUAAGAAGGGAAUUACUUCACAGGGAAAAAGCAGAGGAACCUCAAGACCUGUACUCUGUUGCCCUCUUCUCCCUCUGCCUUGCCAGUUGGAAGCAACUUCAUCCUCUGAAGGUCUUUCUUGCACGGAGACAAAAAGAAUAGAGCAAAGCAAAGAUGAAUGAAUGACACUGUUAAAUUUCUCAUCGGAGUUUUUAUGACAUUCCGGUUCCGUGAACAAAAGAAGCUUUGAAGACUUUCGCUCAUUGGAAGGUGCAGUUGAGCCCAGAGGGAACAUGAACCCAGGAAAACCAGCUUGGGAAGGACUGGCACUUUGUGAUCCUCUUCAGAAGAGCAGUGCAAUAGACCAAAAAAAGACAGGACAGAGGAUCCAGAGUGAAAAAACAAUUACUUUCUGUGCACAGAGACAUCCCUUCAGGGAGCUCCACUAUGAAGAUGCUGAAGGUCCCCGAGGAAUCUGCAGCCACCUCCACCAUCUUUGCAAUCAAUGGCUGAACCCAGAAAAACAUACAAAAGCCCAGAUGCUGGAUUUGGUAGUCCUGGAGCAGUUCCUGGCCAUUCUGCCUCUGGAGAUGGAGAAUUGGGUGCGGGAAUGUGGAGCUGAGACUAGUCCCCAGGCAGUGGCUCUGGCUGAAGGCUUCCUCCUGAGUCAGACAGAGGAGAAGGAGCAAGGAGAGUUGCUGAUAGAGACACCCAUUCAGGAUUUGAUGGUUGAGCAUCCUAAGGCAAGAAAUGAUCUGUUAAAUCCUUGUCAGAACAAUUCAGUUGGGGAAAUUUCUGCAAAGGAUCUGAAUCGAGACAUGUCACCAGGUGCAGAGAACAGAGACAUAUGCCACCUGGUGGUAGGAGAAAUAUUUCUUUCCGAUGAAGCAGAAGCAGAAGUUGGGUUUUCAGCACAGAAUUCCAUAUCCUUCAAGGAGUUGUCCAUCUGCUUCACCGAGGAGGAGUGGGGUCUGCUAGAUUCUGAUCAGAAAGCUCUGCAUGGGGAGGUCAUGCUGGAGAUGUCUAGGAAUGUGGCUUCUCUGGCAGGCAAUGAUCAGAAGAAUGAGAUUUAUCAGGAAUCAGAAGAGACACCAAUACAGAUUCUAAAAGUUGAAGUGGGAGAAGAGAAUCAAUGGCAACCAAAAAGUGAAGACGGAAUCCAACUAAAUGAUCAACAGGAAAAAAAUCCCCUUCCUUUAUUUCUGGAAAUCUAUGACUUGCGGGCCCAAGAAGAUCUUAAUAGAGAGGAGAUGGGACAGUAUUUAGGCUGUGAUGAAGAAUUUGAAGAACAGUCGAACCUCAGUAACUCAUGUGAAUGGAGACAGGAAGGGAACAGGUAUAAUCAAAACUCCUCUCCUCAUUGGAGAGAUGAGAUGGGGAGGAAAGCAUCUGAAUGUAAGGACUAUGAAAACAACUGCAAUUACUCGAGUAACCUUGUUUCCCAUCCAAGGAAACACACUGAUGAGAAUCCAUAUAAGUGUAUAGUGUGUGGAAAGAGCUUCACAAGGAAUGAUAAACUUACCGCCCAUGUAAGAAUUCAUACAGGGGAAAAACCAUAUAAAUGCACGGAGUGUGGAAAGAGCUUCACGAGAAAUGACAUACUUAUUUCCCAUAAAAGGAUCCAUACGAAAGAGAAACCAUACAAAUGCAUGGAAUGUGGAAAGAGCUACAGUCACUCCAAAAGCCUUAUAUCUCAUGAAAUUAUCCACAAAGGGGAGAAACCAUAUAAAUGCAUGGAAUGUGGAAAGAGUUUUAGCCAAUGCAGUAGCCUUAUCUAUCAUAAAAGGAUUCACACUGGGGAGAAACCUUAUCAGUGUAUGGAAUGUGGAAAAAGUUUCACAAGGAAUGAUACACUGAUUUCCCAUAAAAGAAUUCACACUGGGGAGAAGCCGUUUAAAUGCUUAGAAUGCGGAAAGAGCUACAGUCACUCCCGAAGCCUUAUUUCUCAUGAAACGAUCCACAAAAGGGAGAAGCCCUAUCAGUGCAUGGACUGUGGAAAGAGCUUCAGCCGAUGCAAUAGCCUUACUUCUCACAAAAGGAUCCACACAGGAGAGAAACCAUAUAAAUGCAUGGAGUGUGGGAAAAGCUUCAAUCAUUCCAGUAACCUUAGAACCCAUAAAAGUAUUCACAGAGGAGAAAAACCACAUAAAUGUAUGGAGUGUGGAAAGAGCUUCACGAGGAGCACAGAUCUUACUUCCCAUAAAAGGAUCCACACGGGAGAGAAACCCUAUAAAUGUAUGGAAUGUGGAAAGAGUUUCACUCAUUCCAAUACCCUUACUUCUCAUAAAACAAUCCACACUGGGGAGAAGUCAUAUAAAUGUACCGAAUGUGGAAAGAGCUUCAGUACCAACAGUUCUUUAACAUCCCACAAAAGGAUCCAUACAGGGGAGAAGCCAUAUAAAUGCAUGGACUGUGGAAAGAGUUUUAGGACAAGCAGUUACCUUACUUACCACAAAAGAAUUCACACGGGGGAAAAACCCUACCAAUGCCUAGAGUGUGGGAAAAGAUUUAAUCAUCCCAGCACCCUUGCUUCCCAUAAAACAAUCCACACAAGGGAGAAACAAUAUAAAUGCCUAGAAUGUGGAAUGUGUUUUACACAGAGUUGUCACCUUACUUCUCACAAGAGAGCCACAAUGGGAUUUAACUAUAUAAAUGCUUAAAAUAGGGUGAGACCUUUCAUCCUUGACUUGAUAGCCUGUAACAGAAACCAUGGAAAAACAAGUGCUUCAAUGAGAAUAUUCUGGUUACUUGACCUUAAAGAGAGAUGACCACAUAGGUUAGAAAGUUGGUAACAUUCCUUCCCUGAGAUUAUACAGGUAGUCCUUGAUUUACAACCAUUCAUUUAAUAACUGUUUAAAGUUACAACGGCACACAACUGUCCGUGUUUCACACAACUGUAGUAGCAUCCCCAUGGUCAUUUAGAUGCUUGGCAGAUGGUUGAUACUUACGAUGGUUGCCGUGACCCGAGAUCUGUGAUCAGCUUUUGCAACCUUUUGACAAGCCAAGUCAAUAGGGAAGCCAGAUUCACUUAACCAUGUUACUAACUUAACAACUGGAAUGAUUCGCUUAAACUCUGACAAGAAACGUUGUAAAAUGGGGCAAAAGUCGCUUAAUGUCUCACUUAGCAACAUAAAUUUUGGUCGUAAGUUGAAGACUACAUGUAUAUGGUCUUUGAUGAUAAGCAGUGUUCAACCUUUCAGACGGUGGGUCCAGGAAAAAAAAUAUCUACAUUUGCGUUUCUUUCUCUUACCAACAUAAGUAUACACUAUAUAUUUAUUCCCUUGUAUUUUUAAUGAUUUUCCUUGCAAUGGCAAGGCUGAUGAUCAACCUUACAAGAGGCUUUGAGAGCCACACCCAGAUUUUCCAAGGGUCCACUAGGGUGGUGAUUGUGCCGUUUACUCUGAGCUUUCAGAUGGUAGGAUUGACCCUGCUUUGACUUCAUUCCCCGCCACCCCCAAGCAACGUAUAAAGUGCCAGAGAAAGGCAGAAAUAAUAUUUUUCCUCAGUGUUUCAUAAAAAUAGUUUUAGAAAUUACUAAUUUCCUUGUAAGGGGGCAGAAUGGCUCAGCAGUUAAAGAUGCUGAGCUUGUUGGCUGGAGGGCUGACAGCAGUGAUGGGAUUCAGCCAGUUCGCACCACUUCGGGAGAACCGGUUGUUAACUUUCUGAGCAGUUUGGCAAACUGGUUGUUGGAAGAAAUCAUUAGGGCAGAGAACCAGUUGUUAAAUUACUUGAAUCCCACCACUGGCUGACAGCCUGUGUUAGAGACCUGAACACCAUGCAAAGGGGUGAGCUCCUUACCCCAGCUACUGCUCACCUAGCAGUUCGAAAGCGUGAAUAGAUUACUAGAUACCACUUAGGUGGGAAGUUAAUAGUGUUCUAUGCACCUUAGUAUAUAGUCAUGCUGGUCACAUGACUACAGAAACGUCUUCAGACAAUACUGGCUCCCUUGGGAUAUGGAAAAACCUUCCAACUCCAGUGACUUUAUAUAAAGCAUACUAUUUAAAAAAUAAAGUAUAGGAAGAAGCAGAGUUGAAAUCUUACUCCGUGUGACACAAAUCAGAGGUCAGGAUCCAAAAAAAUGCAUUGAAUGAAUGAAAAGUUGCCACAAUACCAGAAUUCCUUAAUAUGCAUGGAAUCCCAAGAUCUUUAGCACUUCAGAGCCAGAUUUCUGCAGUGCAGUUUGAUUGAAUAUGGUCUCUAAAUUGCUAUUGGCUUAUUAUUGGGUUAUUAAAUUGAUCAAUUAAUGAUGUACUAUCAAGUCAGUGUUGACUCUUAAUAAUCACGUAUAUAGAUUUUCUCCAUGAUGAUCUGCCCCUGACUUGUUUUUUAGAUCUUCCCUGAUUAAAUGGGACCACCUAAUACCGAUCCUAAAACUACCAGAUUUAAUUAAGUUGAAUAAUCUAAAUUUAAAAAAAAUUUUUUUUUACCUGGUUUGGGAGUCAAAUCCCAAAGAGAGGCAGUUUUCAAUAUCAUUCAGCAUCUGCAUGAAGUUCGGCAGGUUGGUGGACACCUUAUGUAGAGUCCAAGGUCUUCUGAAAAAAGUGCAUCUUAUUUUUAGAUUAUAAAAGAUACUUAGAUAUGUAUCCAGAUAUUUGUAAAAGAACAAGUUCCCCCAGGAUUGGCCUCUCUCAUUUUUCUUCUUCAGUAGGUUCCUCAUUAAAGUUUAUACUGAUCUUUUUUGAGUACCAAUAAAUAAAUGACAUUCUUGAAGCAUUAGUUUCAAACUGAUUUUUUUUUUUAUUUACAUUUAUAUCCCACCCUUCUCCGAAGACUCAGGGCGUAAUCCUUAUGAUUUAUAUUGAUAUUGAUAUAUUGACCAUCAAUUGUGUUGUAAGUGUUAUACCUUGAUGAAGGUAUCUUUUCUUUUAGAAUAGAAUAGAAGAAUAGAAUUUUAUUGGCCAAGUGUGAUUGGACACACAAGGAAUUUGUCUUGGUGCAUAUGCUCUCAGUGUACAUAAAAGAAAAGAUACGUUCAUCAAGGUACAACAUUUACAACACAAUUGAUGAUCAAUAUAUCAAUAUAAAUCAUAAGGAUUGCCAGCAACAAGUUAUAGUCAUACAGUCAUAAGUGGAAAGAGAUUGGUGAUGGGAACGAUGAGAAGAUUAAUAGUAGUGCAGAUUCAGUAAAUAGUCUGACAGUGUUGAGGGAAUUAUUUGUUUAGCAGAGUGAUGGCCUUCGGGAAAAAACUGUUCUUGUGUCUAGUUGUUCUGGUGUGCAAUGCUCUAUAGCGUCGUUUUGAGGGUAGGAGUUGAAACAGUUUAUGUCCAGGAUGCGAGGGAUCUGCAAAUAUUUUCACGGCCCUCUUCUUGAUUCGUGCAGUAUACAGGUCCUCAAUGGA